AUGCCGUUUACACCACCAACACAUCAUCAACAACCAUUUUAUCCUCCAUUCGGGGUUUCUGGGGGCGGCGGAGGACUUGGAGGAGGACCAGGAUUAAAUAAUCCAAAUAUUCCUCCAUAUCAUCCAAAUCGUCAACAAUCACCUUAUCAUUUAAUGAAUUUUCCUCCACCACUUGUAAAUACUCAACAGCAGCAACCGCAACAACAACAAAAAACGGUAACAACAACAACACAUCAUCAAAAUUUGCUCAAUUCACCUGCCUUUAUGCCAACAUCGGUAAUUCGACAAAUGUCAAAAAUGCCUGGAGGUGGUAGUUCUGUUAAUAGCGGUGGAGAUUCAGCUAGUGGAGUAGGCGGAGGUGUUGCUGUAACUGUUGGAGGAGGUGGAGGAGGAGGAACAAGCAGCAAUAUUUUUGCUGCUUCUGGAGGUAGUGGGGGUGGUGGUUUAACUUCAAACAAUUCUUCUGCUCUUUUACAAAAAAUGUUUGCUGAAGCAAAACGUAAUGAAUUGAUACAAUCUCAAUCAUCAUCUGGAAGAGCUAUUUUGGGACGUGAUCCAUAUUUGGAUGUUGGAAUUUUGACAACAACAACAGGUCAAGAAGCUCAAGGUAGUAUUAAUAUUACGACGACGACGACAACAAACCCAUCAUAA